AUGUUGAUCCCGGUAAACAUUCGGGAUAAGAAGACGGGGAAGCGUCGAAAUAUAACUAUAGAGAUUGCCGAAGCAGCUACUACAGCUCAGUUGGCAGAUUUGGGAAAACUACGUUUAUAUUGUAACCAAUGUGGGACCGAUGAAAUAUUGUUGAAGAGAGAGCCAAGUGGAUGGGCUGAUGUCCUCAAAAACAAUCGCAUCCCAGUCUCAUGUGAGUGCUGCGUGGAUGCCGCGGCUCUUUCACAGACCCGCGGUAAUUGGGAGUCUGCGGAAUGUGUCGUCUGCGGAGAUGCUCCUCAAUUCGUUUUCGAUUUUGGAUGCAAUCAUCCCUGCUGUAAAGAUUGUUUCGCGACAUACUCGGCCACACAACUUCGGGAGGCACAAUUUCGUUUUCGAGCGCCUUUCGGGUAUACGGUAGCCUGUCCGUCUAGCGGUUGCGAUUUUUGUAUCACCGACGUUCAUCAUUUUCGCGUUCUUGGUACGAAGCUGUAUCAUGACUAUCAAAAAUUGGCGACAGAGAAACUAAUAGCAUUAGAUAACAGCGGCUAUUUCUGCCCAUACCCGAAAUGCGGGGCUUCAUUUUUUCUGGAAGAUGAUGAUCUAUUUGAACCGCCUACCGUAAGCACGUACGCGAGAAUCAGAUGUGUCGAAUGUCGCGGGUUUUUCUGUCGAAAUUGCCGGGAAAUUGAAUGCACCUGUCACAAUGAGGAGCUGACAAAAACUACAAUAAAUUUAACUACGAAAAAAUGUCCCGGCUGCCAAGUGUCGACGGAGAAAAAUGGGGGCUGUUCGCAUAUGAGUUGUGGAAAUUGUCAUUUGGAUUGGUGCUGGAUAUGCGGAACGGCUUGGAAAGAAGAUUGUCAAUGGGACCAUUGGUUCGGU